UCACACCUUCUCUUACCUGUCUAGUUUCCUGCGUCUUAGACAGGUCGUGACGAGUUCCCAAAAUGGCCAGGAACAGCGAUGUUGAACAUUCGAUCGAGCUGCGUGCUCCAACGAACCGGGAUUCUGGCACGCCAAGUAAGGCUACUUUCAGCAACGAUGCUUACGAGCUGGCCAGGGUCGGAAAGAAGGAGGUGUUGAAGCGACGAUUUGGUCUGACGAGUACCGUCGGGUUUGCCUGCAGCUUGAUGCUGACUUGGGAAGCGGUUAUAAUGAACAUUGGCUUGGGACUCACCAAUGGUGGUCCCGCCGGUCUGGUGUAUGGCUUUCUUGGAGUAUGGGCAGGCAUCAUUUCCGUGUUCAUUUCGAUGGGGGAACUAGCCAGUAUGAUGCCUUCGGCGGGCGGACAAUAUCAUUGGGUGAGCAUCUUGGCCCCCAGGUCGGCCAGGAAGUUUCUCAGUCAUGUCACUGGCUCGGUCUGCAUCAUUGCGUGGACGGCUGCCCCCACAGCCGCCAUCUACCUGGCCGCCAGUGUUCUGCAGAGCACCAUUGCCAUGAACAUCCCCAGCUAUGACCCCAAAGGAUGGCACAUCACGCUGAUCAUGUGGGCGAUUUUGCUCGUCUGCACAGUUCUGAAUACUUGGCUGGGGAUGAUCUUACCGGUCAUUGAAGUGCUUAUUCUUCUUGUCCAUGUGCUUGGCUUCUUCGCCGUCUUGGUUCCGCUGGUCUAUUUGGGGCCCAAGGCUGAUCCGCGAUCGAUCUUUACUGUAUCCUUCGAUUACGGUGGCUGGGGUGAUCUCACCUUGGCUACUUUUAUCGGAUUAAAGGGCACUGUAGCUGCAUUUGUUGGCACGGAUGGCGCUGUUCAUAUGGCCGAAGAAGUCGCCAACAGCAGCCGGGUCGUUCCCCGCUCCAUGCUGUUGGCCCUCAUGAUCAACGGUGCAACUGGCUUUGCCAUUCUGAUUGCCUUCCUCUUCACCGCUGGAGACCUGCUGAAGAUUGUGGAAUCCAGUGCCUCGUACCCCUUCAUGUACAUGCUGGCGAGCUCGACCGGCAGUAAGGGCGCCGCCGUGGUUCUCUCCAGUAUGAUGGCCAUUCUGCAAGCGUGCGCAGGACUCGCGGGGAUUUCUUCCGGCAGUCGGAUGCUGUGGUCAUUCUCCCGCGAGCAGGCCAUUCCCGGCUGGCGCUGGGUGCGACAGGUGAACCAACGGACUCUUGUGCCCUUCCACAGCACGUUGGUGGUGGUUGUCGCGGCCGGUCUGCUCAGCCUGAUUAACAUCGGGUCGGCAGUGGUGCUGAACAUCAUCUUGUCGCUGGUGCUGGAGGCCUUCUUUGCCUCAUACAUGAUCUCUCUAACUCUCCUGCUCUAUCGUAGAUUGCGCGGCGACCUUACCGAGCCGGGUCAAGGCGGCGGUGUCCUCAACUGGGGGCCCUUCCGGGUCAAAGGGUGGUUGGGCACGGCAAAUAACAUUUUUGCCAUUGCCUACUCGAUCAUCAUGAUGUUCUUCGGCUGCUGGCCACCGGAGAACCACCCUGCCCCGAAGAAUAUUAACUACAGCAUUGUCAUCUUCGCGGGAGUUACCCUCAUCAGUAUCAUCUACUAUGUGGGAUGGGCGCGGAAGCACUACCAGGGUCCGCUAGCCGAGCUUUAGUUGGGAUGCUUUUUACUAACUAAACAGCUCGGGAAAUGGCGCAAUUCCCUACUUGAUCAGGGACUUUUUCCCUACGGUAGUGUCGCCCUAAAAUAGUCUACUUUAUACUACUUUUUUAAUCUAAAAGAAGGAAUUCAUUUAGUC